AUGGGUAAUUUAGGUGGCCUGUCCCCACAGGGGAGUGUCGCGGUCGGAGUUGUCGUUGGACUGGUUUCGACCAGUCUCCAGGCCAUUGGAUUGACCCUCCAGCGCAAAUCGCAUAUCCUCGAGGACGAGAAACACCCUUACGAUCUCCGCCGGCCACCAUACAAGCGUCGAAGAUGGCAGCUGGGCAUGCUAAUGUUCGUCAUUUCGAACAUCGUUGGGAGUACUAUACAAAUCACUACACUUCCGCUUCCGGUAUUAUCGACUCUCCAAGCUUCCGGGCUCGUCUUUAAUACCGUCUUUGCAACCUUGAUUUUGGGGGAACCGUUCACCAGAUACUCCCUUAUAGGUACCAUCCUGGUCUGUAUCGGCGCUCUUCUCAUAGCAACCUUCGGGGCCAUUGGGGAGCCUGCACACACCCUCGAUCAACUCCUAGAACUCCUCCAGCGUUGGAAUUUUAUUCUUUGGAUGGCUGGAACAGCUGUACUGGUGCUGGUCAUCUUACUCGGUUCAAGACUUCUGAAGUACUUCGCGUCUCCAUUUCGUUCAAAACAUUCGAGUUCCCGCCAUCCUUAUGUGCCACAUCUACAACUGACCCAAGGCCGUUCUCGGCUAAUACGUGGGUUAUGCUGUGGACUAGUAAGCGGGAUUCUAUCGGCGCACGCUUUACUUUUGGCAAAAUCAGCAGUUGAACUACUUGUACGAACGGUCGUGGAUCGUGUGAAUCAGUUCAACCGAUGGCAGUCAUGGGUAAUAUUGAUUGCAAUGAUCACGCUUUCUCUCACGCAGCUCUUCUACCUACACCGAGGCCUGAAGCUGUGCAGCACGAGCGUUCUAUAUCCGUUUGUCUUUUGCAUUUAUAAUAUCAUAGCCAUUCUGGACGGUCUUAUCUAUUUUCGUCAGAUGUCUCAGUUGACCGGCCUUCAUGCUGGACUUAUCGCACUUGGUACUCUUGUGUUGCUAAGCGGGGUGAUGUGUCUCUCAUGGCGAUUAGAAGUCAUCGAUAGUCAUGCCGCUGUAACAGUUGUCGGCCCAUCUCAGACCGCACUGGGUCCUGGAAUGGCUGUUGUCGAGGAACACCCUCGCUCAUCCCUCGAACUGGGACUAGAAGACGAAGAAGACCAGGCCGGAGAGCACGAGCCUCUUCUAUGGAAAGCCUCUCACCGCGGAGCUUCUCAUCGACGAACCCCCAGCUUACCUGUACUCACCCCUCAAGGGAGUUCGGCAGACAUGGAUCCAGCAUCCAUUUGGGCGGAGCUCGACGAGUCGGAUUUUGAUUACGCUGACCCGGACUCCCGGACACCGUUACUCAAACGACUCUCUGCCGAUCCAUUUCAAACCCGACCAAGAGGAAAACCCAAGUCCGUCGCCCUGAAAGACGCCUCCCUGCGCAGACAACGCCACUCAUCAACCAGCCCACUUAUCCAUCAGACCUGGAGUCCCCGCAAAGUUCGACCUUCCAGCUUCCAGCCCGGACACCAACGAAGAACGUCGGCCCCAACCCCCGACAACUGUCGAGCGCCCCAAAAGCGGCGCACAUAUGCCGGCGGCUCUUCUUUCUUUGACAUCUCUAGCCUCGGAUAUGGAACCCAGGACAACCGCUCUGACACUCCCUCCUCCCGUGAACCACCACCACCACCCACCGACACAGACGCAAUGCCCCUCGCAGGCACGAGCAGUGGCGCUCUAGGAGCCGCAUGGCAAACCGGUCUACGGUACCUCUCUCGCUUAACCGGUGGUCAACGGCGGAGCGACCAAGGAACUCACGAUGAUCCCGAACACAACCCAGACACUGAUACAGAUAGAUAA